AUGAUGCCCCCGGGCCUCGUUUCCAAUCUCCAAGAAGCACUUCUCAACAGAAAACCACCACAGCAACAAGAUGAAUCAAACGACGCCGUUUCGUCCUCCGCCGACGAACCUAUCGAAUUCGACGAAUCUAAGCCUAUUGUGCUGCUCACGAAUAGCGAGGGAGUUGAAUCGCCGGGUCUUAUACACCUAGUUGAAGCUCUCGUUCUUCAAGGACUUUACGAUGUUCAUGUUUGCGUUCCUCAAUCGGAUAAAUCUGUUUCUGGUCAUUCUGUUACGGUUCGAGAAACUGUGGAAGCUUGUUCUGCUAAAGUUAAUGGUGCUUUUGCUUUUGAGAUUUCGGGAACUCCUGUGGAUUGUGUUUCAUUGGCUUUAUCUGGAGCGUUGUUUUCGUGGUCAAAGCCUGUGUUGGUUAUUAGUGGGAUUAACCGAGGAUCAAGUUGCGGUCAUCACAUGUUCUACUCGGGGGUUGUUGCUGGAGCUAGGGAGGCAUUGUUAUGUGGUGUACCGUCAUUAUCGAUAUCAUUAAACUGGAAGAAGGAUGAAAGCCAAGAAACUGAUUUCAAGGAUGCAGUAGAAGUCUGUUUACCGUUGAUAAAUGCAGCUAUUAGGGAUAUUGAAAAGGGGACUUUUCCCAAAGACUGUUUUCUAAAUAUAGAAAUUCCAAGGUCACCUUUGAGCAACAAGGGUUUCAAAUUGACCAAGCAAAGUAUGUGGAGAUCCACUCCAAACUGGUUAGCUGUUUCAAAUAGCCGCUAUCCAACUGGUCAUUUCUUGGCCAACCCACAAGGUGGGCUAGGUCUCCAGUUUGCACAGCUUGGCCGAGAUGCAUCUGCAGCUGGUGCAGCUCGUCGGUUAGCUACACAGAAAAAGAAUUUGGAGAUUAUUGAAUCAACCGGAGCUGCAGGAAAACCUGAUGCCAACAGAGUGAAGAAAUACUUCAGACUAGAGUUUUUGGAUAAGCAGCAGGAAGAAAUAGAAGAUGAUGAUCUGGAUUACAGAGCACUUGAAAGUGGAUAUGUUGCAGUGACUCCAGUAUCUGUUUCUCCUCAUAUUGAAACCGAUAUUCAAACGACAACUUCAGAUUGGAUUUCUUCUGUGAUUCCUGGUGGAGAGUAA